AUGAAGGCGGCUUUUUCAAAUUGGUGGCUAAAAUGCAAAGAUGAGAGAAUCAACUUGGGUCUUCUAAGAACUGUGAGAAAUCGCUCCGACAAAGCCACCAAGGAUUGUUUCAGAAAACUUAUACCAAAAAACGAUCAUGUGAAAAAUAAGGACCGACAGGACCCUUCCUCCGUCCUCACUUUAAGUGCUGAGAACUUGACCGACGCAUUGAAAGACAUUGGAUAUGUAUGCCACACUAUCGUACCCGAACUGGACAAAUACUCGGCUGACAAUCAACGUGGCAUGUAUCCAUGUCCAAUCAGUAUUGCCGUACCAUCAUAUGGGUGGAUUGCCUUUCUUUCGUUCGAUGCAAAGAAUGGUAGUUCUACCCUGUUCAAAGCUCGUCUUCACAGUCCCGUCGACAAAAUCACUGUUCUCAGCAAAAACCUCAAGGUUAAACAGAUCCAUUGCUCUGACGGUAUAAUAUACCUAACUUCCGACAAAGGACCUAUCAGGGCCAUUGAAUUCUCUGAAGGAACAAUCAAUAUGAUUUCAAAGGAAAAGAAAAGAAAAGAUGACCUUGUCAACUUGGCAAGAAAACUUAAAGUGUCACCGGUGGGGACUGUUGCUGAAAUUUCGUCGAGACUGAAGAAGUAUUUCGAAUCAGUCAAAAAUCAAUAUCAAGGAAAAAGUGCCAGAAGUGACGAGAUUAACUUCUGGGACAAGGAAAUACAACCCAGCUUUGAGGCCAUGGUUUGUGUGGCCAGUGAUUUGAUCUAUGCAGCUGAAGUUACAAACAAAUCAAUCGUUUCCGUCGAAGUCGAAAGGGACGGAGUUGGUCUCAAGGGGAAUAAUCUCCAAAGAAUUUUCUUACGGAAACACAUGGGGAAAGGUUUACAGUAUGUGCCUCAGUAACAGAAAUCUGUUUGUAUCCCAUGUCCAGGGAAUAAGCAUGAUCAACAUGGAAACCAGUGAGUGUCAGUUAGCCGUGAAGCUUGACGAUGAACCUUGUGUUCUUACAAGGUUUAGCACAGACGUCCUAUUCACAAACCAGAAGAAGUCUUCAAUAUGGCAACUCAGUGGCAAUGGAAAAGAGUUACGUUUGUUUGCUGGCUCUGACAAAGAAGACGGAAAUAUAGAUGGGCCUAUCAAAGAAUGUCGCUUUAAACAACCAGUAGGCAUUUGUACAGAGUUCGAUGGUGUUGUGUAUGUUUGUGACGCACAAACGAACUCAAUAAAGAUCUGCACCAAAUUAAAAGAGUGUGCCCACUUUCUUAGUGCAAUUGGCUGUUUGUAUGAAGCUUUCUCUGUGCAUCAGAAAGGUGCACAGUAUACUGUUAAGACAGGAGAGGAAGCUAUUGGUCUUGUUAGGCAAUGUAGAAGGAUGCUUGACGAGAAUACCUAUGAUAUUCAAGAAACCACUGGCAUUACAAGAAGUCUCAAUGGACCUCAAGGCCAUGUGUCGGCCAGGACAGUAGCGUCGGUUUCCAUGAUAGAAAAAGGGCUCCAGAGAUUGUACACUAACCUUGAAAAUUUUGAUUACGAGAAUACACUAAAUCUUUUGAGCUGUAUGACACUAGAUGUGGAGAACUGUCACGCCACCGUACAUGUAAAGCAAGCAAACAUGUCAAUGGCAGAAUACUGCAGGUCAUUUGGCUUGGCAAUGAAGGAGGCAGUGAAACGGAUGACCUCUUGGGCUGCAUACUACCACACAAGCAGGCGAUCUUGGUACCCCAAACCAGAGGGUUGUUUGCAACUAUCGCAGGUUCCUAUCAUGAAACCUCUACCUAGUGUCAGUAUGAGCUCAGCCGACUGCAACGCACUCAGGGACUGGGCAUCCUCCUAUGGAGCUGCCGGAAGACAACGAACGGUACGCCAAGAGACUACCAUGGCAAAGCAUGGCACGCUCCCUGAGUUUAUGUACCAAAGACAAUGCAACAUCUCAGAGAAUCCUGUAUCUAUUGCCUUUGAUGAACGCGUUAACAGGGUAGAAGAUGCCAACGAAAAUAAUUCGGAAGAAGACGAGAGUGACGCCGAGUUUGAUGAAAGCAGCGAUGAAGAUGUUGAAGAUCAUGGUCGGGAAGAAUCGCUUCUUCAAGGAGAGAUCGGAAGCUCGGCCACGUUUCUCCUGGGAGCCAAGACUCGAUUCGGGAGAGUUGUUAGAUUUAACAAUCGUCUGCUCUACUGA